AUGUCCAAGAUCUACUUUGACGUGAGCGCCAAUGGCUCUCGCCUUGGCCGCAUCACCUUCCGUCUCUACAACGACACGGUUCCCAAGACGGCGGAGAACUUCCGCGCUCUCGCCACGGGCGAGAAGGGCUUCGGCUACGCUGGCUCGUCCUUCCACCGCGUCAUCCCGCAGUUCAUGCUUCAGGGCGGCGACUUUACCAACCACAACGGCACCGGGGGCAAAUCCAUCUACGGCGAAAAAUUCCCCGAUGAAAACUUUGUGCUCAAGCACACCAAGGCCGGCCUGCUGUCCAUGGCUAAUGCCGGUGCCAACACCAACGGAUCGCAGUUCUUCAUCACCACCGUUGCGACCCCUUGGCUCGAUAACAAGCACGUCGUUUUCGGCGAGGUGAUCGAAGGGAUGGACAUUGUCAAGAAGAUUGAGAGCCUGGGCAGCCAGAGCGGCAAGACUCAGCAGAAGAUUGUCAUUGACAGCAGCGGCGAGUUGUAA